GGGUCCCCACGCGGGUCGGCACCUCCCGGGCCGCGGUGGCAGCGGCCAGUGUCGAGCUGUCAGUCUGUCCCGCCGCCCCGCGGGGGCUCCAGCCACCGGCGUCCAGCUGACUGCUCUCUGCCUGGAUCCGUCCCCUCACUGAUGCCCUCGGGGUAUGUAACGGCCAUGCCUGUGGACACGCUGAACCCCGGAACACCCGCCGCCCCCUCCCUGCCUUUCCGCCUGCGGACCAAGGUUCCUGGCUACCUGCUGCCGAGGCCCGCGGACGGGGGCGCCCGGAAACUGAGCGCCGUGGAACGCCUGGAGGCUGACAAGGCCAAGUACGUCAAGAGUCUGCAUGUGGCCAACACCCGCCAGGAGCCCGUGCAGCUUCCGCAGUCCAGACAGCCUCUCUUUAGCCCCGGGAAUCGCCGCCCCGUGUUCCAGCCGAGCCGUCGAGCUCUGCCCGGCCCAGGCCGCCGGCCUCAACUGGACCUUGACAUCCUCAGCAGCCUCAUCAACUUAUGUGACAGCCCCGUGUCCCCUGCUGAGGCCAGCCGAACCUCCGGACGGAUGGAGGGAGCCCACCAAACGCCGCAAGCCACCCCUCCGCGCCCACCGCCCAGUACAGCCGCAGUGCGCAGAGUGGACGUUCGCCCCCUGCCUGCCUCACCUGUUCGGCCCUGCCCUUCACCCGGCACCACGGCUGCGUCCAGCCCAGGCCGGCCCCCAGGUUUGCAACGCUCCAAGUCGGACCUGAGCGAGCGCUUUUCCAGGGCAGCUGCCGACCUCGAGCGCUUUUUUAACUUCUGUGGAUUGGACCCAGAGGAGGCACGGGGGUUGGGGGUGACCCACUUGGCACGAGCCAGUUCAGACAUCGUGUCCCUGGCUGGACCCAGUGCUGGGCCUGGCAGCUCUGAGGGGGGCUGCUCACACCGCAGCUCCACAGCCACGGUGGAGGAGCGGGCCAGGGAGCGUGUCCCCUAUGGGGUGUCUGUGAUCGAGCGCAAUGCCCGCGUGAUCAAGUGGCUGUAUGGGUUGCGUCAAGCACGUGAGGCGCAGGCCACCGAAGGCUAGAACUGGACUCCAGACUUCCCUGCAGGACAGCAUGGAGAGACAGUGGGCACCUUGACCUCUCCUGAACCUAUUCAUUCUCUGCCUGCAGGCAGACCGCAGGUGGCCCCCUUGGGUGAACUUGGUAUUGUGGUUAAAGCUGAGACCUAGAUCAGCAAGAGCAAGCAAGAACUGACCCUGCAGAGGGAGGGGUUGCUCUUGACGUUGGUCUCCCCUUACAUCUCUACCCUGGCCUCCAAUAAGGUUUUUGACAUGAGUGUGGCCCUGCCUUGUUGCUCUGGUGGGACUGGAUUUGGGAUGUUUACUCUCCACACUGAGAGUGAGGAGCCAUGAGGUCUGCCAGGCCCUGGGGCUCUGUUUCCUCCUCCUUCCUUCUCUGCCCUCUUUUGCUGAUUUCCUCUUCCUGACUCAGUGGGCCCUGGCUUCCCUGGAACUCAGCCUGGGAGGAGGUUGGGAGAAGGGGGCCUGUCUACUGCUCUUCCUGGUUCUUGGCAGCUAGCCUAGGUGGGUAGACUAUAGGAGGGACUGGUCAGGUGUGCUGCUCUGACUUUCCUCCCCUGGUUAAUAAACACAAAUGCUUGUUUCUCAA